AUGGGGGAACCCCCGGGGCGGGGCCCUCAGCGAGCAGCUGCUGCCGGGCGCCGGUCGAGCUCGGCAGGGGGCAGGCGAGGGAAGCCGGAGCCCCGCCCCCCGGCGGAGCCCCGCCCCCAAGCCAAGCGCGGCUCCGUCCCCUCCCUCCGCCCCGCCCCUCUCACGUGGCGGCAGGUUCGCUGGCUGCGGCCCCGGCUCGGAGUCUGCGCGGUGCUGGAGCUGCGAGCCGGGCGCGGAGGCCGGGCCCAGGCAGCUGCACGGGUGAGCGGGGCGCUGUGGGUGUGGGGGGAGCCCGGGGGCGCUGUGCACGGCGGGGGAGCUCUACAGAACGUGCGACCUGUUUGUGGGAAUCUGGAAGUUUGUCUCCAAGUCGUGUUCCUGAGAUGCACUGGUGGGGAGGUCGGUGCCACUUCUGCUCUGGCACCUAAAAUUGGCCAUUUGGGUUUGUCUCCCAAAAAGGUUGGUGAUGACAUUGCCAAGGCAAUAGGUGACUGGAAGGGGCUGAGGAUCACCGUGAAACUCACUGUCCAGAACAGGCAAGCUCAGAUUGAGGUUGUCCCUUCUGCCUCUGCCCUGCUCAUCAAAGCCCUCAAGGAGCCUCCUCGUGACAAGAAGAAGCAGAAGAACACUAAAUACAGUGGCAGUGUCAGCUUUGAUGAGAUAGUAAACAUUGCAUGCCAGAUGAGGCACAGGUCCUUGGCACGGAAGCUCUUUGGAACCAUUAAGGAGAUUCUAGGAACUGCUCAGUCUGUUGGCUGCAAUAUUGAUGGCAGACAGCCUCAUGAUGUCAUCGAUGACAUCAACAGUGGCACAAUAGAGUGCCCAGCUAGCUAAUAUAGAAGCCAAGAACUCACUCAUUAACACAAAAGUUAAUUAAGAUUUUUUGUAACAAUUACGAAACCUCAAUAAAACCU